CACAAUCACGACUCUUCUUUUGCGCCCAGCCCACUAUACAUCGCAGCGCACCGCUGAUCUCGGCCUCAUCCACGAUUUCGACGACGAAGAAGCCGGCCGGCGCAUCCUGACGUACAACCGCUCACCGUUACUUCGCCGCGACGCAGCAUUGCUACACGGCUAUAUUACUCGAAAGCGCAAGGAGGCCGCCUUGUUCCUUCGGUCGCAGCUGUCGCUUGGCGUCAGACAGUCGAAUAUCCCCCCGCCUGCUUGUCAUCCGAACUCAGGCCUCGCUGGCGGCCUAGUUCGCCAUGGCGUUCCUCUUCAAGUCCAAGAAGAAUGCCGACCGCAAUACACAGAGCCGCGACGGUGGCGGCGGCUCAGGGAGCCGCGGCGAGAAGAUGUCGCGCUCAACUCCAACAGGCAGCCUGAACUCCUUCGAUGAGGGCAGCCCGGGCACAGAUCCAGAAAAGUUCGCUGCGCGCCGUGCCGCUGCCGCUGCCGCCGACCAACAAUCACAGCCUCUUGCCAAGCAGCCCCAGCAGCAACCAGUCAGCGACUUGCCGUUUCGUAACGGUCCGACCGCAAACCCCGCGCCGACGACGACGACAGCGGCACCGAGUGCCAAUGCCAGCCUGUACCCGUGGUCACAGCGGCGGUUGACUUUUACCUCGUCCAUACCUAGUCCUUUCCCCCGAUAUGGCGCAGCAGUCAAUUCUGUUGCUUCCAAGGAAGGAGAUAUUUACAUCAUGGGUGGACUAGUGAACAGCUCAACAGUCAAAGGUGACCUCUGGAUGAUUGAGGCUGGCGGUAGCAUGUCAUGCUUUCCGCUGGCUACAACAGCAGAGGGGCCUGGUCCUCGCGUAGGACAUGCAUCGCUGCUUGUGGGAAAUGCAUUCAUCGUCUAUGGUGGUGACACCAAGAUUGAGGAGACCGAUAUUCUCGAUGAAACACUUUACCUGCUGAACACCUCAACGAGACAGUGGUCCAGAGCCCUCCCUGCCGGCCCGCGGCCUUCCGGACGUUACGGACACUCGCUCAACAUUGUCGGCUCGAAAAUAUACAUCUUCGGAGGUCAGGUGGAAGGCUACUUCAUGAAUGAUCUAUGCGCUUUCGAUCUCAACCAAUUGCAAAUGCCCAACAACCGCUGGGAAGUCCUCAUCGAGAACACGGAGGUUUCGAACCCGGCCCAUCUCGCAGCGCCCCCUGCGCGGACGAACCAUUCAAUGGUCACCUAUGACGACAAACUGUAUCUUUUUGGCGGCACAAACGGUUUUCAAUGGUUCAAUGACGUUUGGUGCUACGACCCGGCGAUCAACAAAUGGGCACAGCUGGAUUGUAUCGGCUACAUUCCUGUCCCUAGGGAGGGACAUGCCGCCGCGCUUGUCGACGAUGUCAUGUACGUUUUCGGUGGCCGCACAGAGGACGGCACCGACCUCGGCGACCUGGCUGCCUUCCGAAUCACAUCGCGACGUUGGUACACUUUCCAAAAUAUGGGACCUUCGCCCUCUCCAAGGUCUGGACACAGCAUGACGGCUGUUGCGAAAACUAUCGUAGUUGUCGGUGGUGAGCCCAGCUCCGCUACGAGCCAGGUCAACGAUCUGUCGAUUACCUAUCUCCUCGACACCACAAAGAUCCGCUACCCCAACGAUGCCCAGAUCCAAUCCAGCACGCAAAAGCUGCAGCAGGGACGGCGGCCCAGCGGCGAGCAGGCAGUUCGAGGACCUUCGCGCGAUGGAUCGAAUGGCCCUGACCCAAAGAGAAUAGCUGGCGGGCCAGGCAGCCCGACAAGCGCAAUGACCAGGCCUAAUGGUGUCGACAGCCAUGCUCCGCCGCCUGUUAGUAAUGGCAUUGCAAAACUGCCCAGAAACGCAGGCACCUCGACACCGUCAGGGCCUCCGCCACAAGGGCAGCCCCCGCGCCCUAUGGUAAACACGGAUCCUGCUGCCCGACCUCGGAAUGCGUCAAUUGAUCGCAUCGAGCGCGAAAGAUCAGGUACUGGUUCUCCAGCUGGAUCCAGCCACCACUCGCCUAUCACAAGAACGGAAAGCCCUAUGGGCACGGGACGCGGCACACCUGUUCAACAACAAACACGUGCUGCGCCUGUGGCUAAAGCUGAGAGUGCAGUCAUUGAGGACACGGUCAAAUCAAAACCAACCAGAACUACGCGUGGCCAUGGCUCCGUUGACAGCAGCACAGAACCUAGUCUGAAAAACGUCGUCGCAAGGCCUGCCUCUCCGCCACCUCCUACGCGGCAAACGAGCAAUCCGCUGUCUCGGAAAGGAUCAAACCGCAACUCGCAGACCGUUGCGCUAUUGAAAGAACUUGACUCCUCCCGCAAUCGAAUCGCCUGGUAUGCCUCCGAGCUCGAACUAGCUCGCAAGUCUGGCUAUGUUCCCAACGCCACUCUUAGCCCUGUCCUUGACAGCCGCAGCACGGAGACUUUUGACGAUGAGGACAAGCCACUUAUUGAAGCCUUGCUGGCUAUGAGACAGGAACUGGCCAAUGUGCAGGCUUCUGUGGACAAACAAGCUGUUCUCGCGGCCAAGAAGAUUGCAGAUGCCGAGAAACAGCGCGACGCCGCUAUUCGGGAAGCUGCAUACGCCAAGGCUAAGAUGGCGUCCCAGGCUGGAGGUGUGGUAGGCGAGCAAGCGCGAAGUGUGCCCGACACGAAUGAUCACCGGGAGCGGUCAAACGAGUUGAAUCGCAAACUCGCCGCAAGCAUCAAUCUCCAAAGGGAUCUUCAGGCGGAACUAGAGCGUCGUGUCGCCGAGCUGGAUGCCGAGAGGCGCGCCCGCCAGCUUGCCGAUGACACUUCCAUGGCGACUCAAAGACGCCUCGCUGACCUUGAACAGUAUAAGCAGCAGACGUCCCUCCAGGUGGAAUCCUUGAAAGCUGAGCUGCAUGCUGCACAACGGGAAGCCAGGGAGCACUCCAUAGCGAGCGCUGACGCCACUGCUGCUCUGCAGCUGCUGCGUGUCGAGAAAGACGACUACCAAUCACGGUACAACGAGGCUGCCGGGGGCAGCAAAGACACAAACGAGACGCUCGAGUCAUUGCGUGAAGCAGUGGCUACUUCGGCCGAUUUGAGAAGUCACCUUGAACGAAAGCUUGAUGAGGAACGUGCACAGAGAGAGAAGGUCGAGUCUAAGCUCACGAAGAUCAAAGCGGAACACGAGACGCGCACAGCCGAGCUCGUGGCAGUAAGCCAGCGCCUCCGGGAUGCGGAAGAGAUCGCGGAGCGGCACGCGGCAGAGGCCAAGUCACACCGCCAAGUCGUGGCCGCCGGUCUCGACAAGCUUACAAGAGAGGGCAGCAAGGCCAGCAAGGCCGAUGCCGAGCGCUUAUCUGUCUUGCAGGGACAGGUCGCAACGGCUAACAGUCUUGUCAAGAGGUUGCAGCAAGAGGCUGACGACGCUGGCGAGAAAUUGCGCCGUGCCGAGGAGAGAAUUGCUGGACUUGAAGCCUACCAGGAGCAGUCCAGCAGAGAAGGUGUUACCAUCCGACGGCAGCUACAGUCUGCGCUGAGAGACACACAGUCUCUUCAGGCAAUGAACUCCGAUCUCAAGCACCAGUUGUCGAGCCAGCAACUCGAGGCGAACGCUAUUAGUGUGCAGCACAAUACUCUCAAGGACAUUCUCGCGGAACGGGGUGUGAGCCCGACCAACACGGCACGAAGCCGCGGCGGCCCCUCCAGCACAGACUCACCCGAUCCUGCCCGAACCGGAGAACUCGAAAGGCAGCUAGCGCAAGCUGUGGCAGCUCACGAAGAGACCAAACAGUUAUUCGCCGGUCAAGCGCAGGAGAUGGAAGGUGCUUAUCGUGAGAGGGUGGCACAGCUCGAGAACGAUUACCAGUCUGCGGUUCAUUAUGUCAAGGGAACUGAGAAGAUGCUGAAACGCAUGAAGGAGGAGCUCGCCAAAUACAAAUCCGACAAUGCUCGUCUCAAGAACGAGAACAUUGAGCUAGAGGAUCGAGUCGCGGCUGCUGCUUCGAGUGGUGGUGCUGCGCCCUCAGACUGGGAGGAGGAGCGCGCUGCUCUCAUGGAGAGAAUCGACACGCUCGAGGGCCAGGUCAGAUCGACUUCUGAGCAUUUCGAGAGGCAACUGGCCGCCAUCAAGGCUGAGUUGGCGACUACUAAGACGGAGCGCGACACUGCGAAGAAGACAUCGGCCGAGGCCGCUACCAAACUCGCGUCAAAGGAGCAAGCCCUGCAGCAGAUGCAAGAAGAGGUCAGCUUGCUGGAAAGGCGUGCACAGGACGCCGAGCAGAAAGUCAGCCUCCUGCUGGAUCAGGUCGAGAACUCGGUGGACAACUACCGCCGAAGGAGCCGGAUCAGCGGCGAUCAAGAUCGAUCGGCUCUUCCCACAUCCACAAACGGCAUGAGCCAUACCCGACAAGAAAGUUCUGAUGCGGGAAGCAUGUAUGGCGGCGUCGGUGAUGCGCGGAACAGUGCGGCCCUUGACAGCUUGGCGAACGAACUGGACAUGCUCCGGUCACACUGGGAAACGACAAACAAAAACUACCGCCUCUCGAACACUUUCGACUUUGAAGGACCAUCCCCCAAGAAGGAAGAUGAUGGCAAUGGCGCCGGGCUGAGCGAGAGCCUCGCUGACUGGAGGAAGCGGUUGGACACUGAGGAGCGGGAGAACAAGACUCGCGGGCCUCAGUAGAUGUCGUCGUUCUGCGAUGCUGGAACCAAUAAUGAUGAAGCUGGCCGGCAUCCUGCUCACGACCGCAACGAAAUCUGGACACCCUCAGGCGCAAGCUUCUUGGCCGUUCUGUAUAGUCUACUCAUUUUCAACACCAAUGUUUUUUUGUUCUUGUAUGCGGUGGCCACUGUCACUUUACCCGGAUCAUCUGUUCUAUU